AACGACGCACUGGGACACUUGAGCGACCUAGCACGUAUAAGACUGCACCACAACCGUUCUCCUCCAACGUCGUUCCGACACCAUGGCUACCAUCGCCAUUCCUGAUACUCGGAACAUUAUGCCGUUGGACCCCGCGGACAUUGUUGAAAAGCAUAUGAAAGCUUUACAGGCGGAUUUAUCCAGCCUGGUGGAGAAUGUCGCCAGCGACAAAGAAGUAAAAGUAAAGAGACUGCAGAAAGAACUUGACGAUACUAGGACGAUCAUAGCGUACCUUCGCCGCCAAACUCGGGAGACGGAGGAUGAACUAGCAGACACAAAGAAGUUGUUGGCUUCCGUACGAGAUGAACGUCUGCGGGACGCGGAACGGAUGAAUAAACUUGAGCGUCGCGUCGUCUGCCUCGUUGACGGCGACGGGAGCGUGUUCUCCCUGUCUCUCAUCGCCCGCGGCAGGACGGGUGGAAGCGACGCCGCGACACGUUUGACAGAAGGCAUUAAACAAUAUUUCGCGACAGAACAAUUCCAGUUGCAUGUGUGGAUAUUUGUGAACAAGAGUGGCCUCUCCGAAGCCUUGCGGCGUAAUGCCAAAGAGGAUGCUCGAGCCCAAUUGGACAACUUUAUUCACGGCUUCAAUCAAGCUGCUGGAAGAUUUAUGAUGAUUGAUGUCGGCCAGGGCAAGGAGGCUGCAGAUGCCAAGAUUAGGGCCUGCCUGGAAGCCGAAUUGAAGCUUGUAGAGACCAGCCGUAUCAUUUUUGCUGGCUGCCACGAUAAUGGUUAUAUUUCCGCCCUUCGCCCUCCGAUUACCGACGGCAACAAGGACAAGCUCGUUCUCCUCCCUGCGCACAAGGAUAUGGCGGCCGGCUUUCCGUCGCUGGAGUUGCCGGUCCUCAGGAUCCCAGGACUUUUUGAGCUGAACAAGUUGGGCGAGCUGGCUCCCCCCACGCCUCCUUCGUCGCCGGCCCAGAGGGCUGCAGUGGCUGCAUCUUAUACUGCUGCUGUCCAAGCGCAGCCCACUGCCGCACGUUCCCGCCGCUAUUCGGCUUCGGAACGCAGAGCGCGUCACUUGGAUCCGAACAAGCCCAUGUCCAAACAGGACCCUCCGCCGUGCAACCUGUUUUACCUGACCGACUACUGUAAGCACGGCGACCAGUGUGUCUUUGGCCACGACUACCUCCUGAAGCCGGAGCACCUGGAGGAGAUGAGGGAGAAUGCGAAGAAGAGCGCCUGCGCGGCCAUCAACCGAGGUGAAGUGUGUCCGUAUGGCGACGACUGCGUGCUGGGACACAAGUGCCCGCAGGGGCCGCGGUGCCACUACUUCAAAGUUGGCCGAUGCAAGUUCACCGGACCGGGAAUGCACUCCGCGGAGUGAUCGCAGCGGGUCCGCGAGCGAGAAGGACGUGCUGGGUGUGGAUGAGUGCGAGUGCGAGUGUAAUUGUAGCUUGUAACGUCUGGACAACGCGGAUUAGAC